AUGUCUAGCGAUCCACCAACCACCAAGGCAACCGUCCUGAUUUCCGGUGAAGGUUCUAACCUGCAAGCUCUCAUCGAUGCGACAAGCAAUUUAAUGCCGUACCUCAAAAUCGUCCGAGUGAUUAGCAACAAGGCAAAAGCCAAUGGACUCAAUCGCGCAAAGGCAGCCGCAAUCCCAACCGCAUACCACAAUCUCGUGUCCGGCAAAUACCAUAAAUUGGGUGAGAAAGAUGAAAGUGUGAAGCAAGCUGCUCGAGAGAAGUACGAUGAAGACUUGGCAAAAUUGAUUCUGGAGGAUGAGCCGGAUAUCGUCAUUUGCGCUGGUUGGUCAUUCGAAUAUGUGUCUAUUCUGCUCAUGCUGACGUAUUCGUAGGUUGGAUGCACAUUCUUACUCCCAAGUUUCUGGAUCCUUUAGAACAACGGACCCCUAAAAUCCCUGUCAUCAAUCUACAUCCUGCCUUACCAGGAGCAUACGAUGGAGCACACGCUAUCGAAAGAGCCCACAAAGACUACCAGGAUGGGAAGUUAGAAAACGACACCACCGGCAUCAUGAUACACUACGUGAUCAGCGAAGUAGAUCGUGGCGAGCCGAUUGUCGUAAGAAUGAUUAAGUGCAAGCCAUCAGAAACAUUAGAUGAGCUGGAAACGAGAGUUCAUGCCGAAGAGCACCAAUUGAUUUUGGAGGGAACCCAAAUGGCAAUUCACAAUCUCUGGGGGCAAAGAUCCAAAUCAAAUUAA